AGGAAAAAACAAUCACUAUGCAUUUUCCAUACCCAAAAACAAAAAAGCAAAAAUCAUAACCUUAAUUCAAGCUUUUCUAGUAUUUUUCAGCAUUAUCAAGAGAAAGAAUCCUUCCAUCCCUUCUCUUCCAUCAUCAGUCUUAUCAUCCUUUGUUACCACUAUUUCCAGCUCCACGCCUCUCUCUCUCCCAUCAAAAAUGGAAAUCAUGUAAUACCAACCAAUGAUUACAGCUUCUUUUGUUUCAUGAGUCACUUCUUCCUUCUUGGGUCUAGCUAGUAUUUCCCAUCAGCAGCAAAAACAUAGGACUAUCCACUCUUUUGUAGGACUAUAAGCAACCAAGUUUAGGUUUUUGUUUUCGGGAGAGGCAAACCCUAGAGAAAAAUAAGUGAGUGGAGUGAUUGUAAGGACAGGAAAUAGGAAGAGGAGAGGCCACCGCCACCGCCACUUCCAGCACCAACAUCAUAACCGAAACCAUCUGAUAGAUCGAAAUAACUCAAACAACACUCUCCAUGAAUUCAAUCCCAGAAAUGGAGAGCUCCAACUCUGAAAACAUAAGUUUCAACAACAUAGGCAACAGCCCCACUGCCAUGUCAGUCUCAAACUCUUCAUCACCGUCCUCCUCCACCGCUCCAAGUCGCUAUGAGAAUCAAAAGCGCCGAGACUGGAACACCUUUGGUCAAUACCUGAAGAACCACAGGCCCCCUCUUUCUCUCUCCAGGUGCAGUGGUGCUCAUGUCCUUGAAUUCCUUCGCUACCUUGACCAAUUUGGCAAAACCAAAGUACACACUCCAAUCUGUCCUUUUUAUGGCCACCCAAACCCACCUGCCCCUUGCCCCUGCCCACUCCGCCAGGCCUGGGGUAGCCUUGAUGCGCUUAUCGGACGCCUCCGAGCAGCCUUCGAGGAAAAUGGAGGCAAGCCCGAAGCAAACCCUUUUGGUGCUCGUGCUGUUAGGCUUUAUCUACGUGAGGUUCGUGAUUUGCAGUCUAAAGCAAGAGGGGUUAGCUAUGAGAAAAAGAAGCGUAAGCGUCCACCACAGCAACAAAUCCAAUCCCUGCCACUGCCACUUCCACCACCUCCAGGUGCAGCUUAACACAAAGAAACAAAGAGUUCCCUUUAUCAAGCAGUUUACAAUACUACUACUCUUUAUUGUUCUUAUUUUUUUCUCUACCCGUAUUUUUGGUUAUUUUGUUUUAGUAUGUAUGAGUUAUAUGGCAUUUUAGUAUUUAGGGUUAGCCUCUCUCUCUCUCUCUCUCUCUCUCUCUCGGGUAUUUCUCUGUUUGCUUUGGAUAUAUGGAAACGAUGGCUAGCUAGAUCUGCAGAGACCACGAAUCUACUUUCGAUCCCAACAACGGUAGUAAUAUUACUAGCAGUGGGACUAGCAGUAGCGGUAAUAGAAAAGUGGUGGUAGAAGUGAUUGUACUUGCAUUUAUGGUCUAUGUUGGAACUGAGAGUGCUCAUAAAUUAAUGUAAUAUUCAUGUAUGCCAAGCCAUAGAUGUGCAGAU